GCAGGUCUAUGGCGGCAAAUCUCUGUCAUAAAUCGCGAGGGCAUAUGAGAUCCACGCGAGCACAAGUCAAGCAGCCGCGGACGUAUAUUAUUUUCACGAGCACUAAAACGGCACUCGCGCGAGAGCAAUAUUGAAGCCUGCAGGGGAGAAACAUGCCUUGAGCAUGUGCAGCAUCUACAUGAGCUCUCCUUGGUCUCCUGCGCUCUCGCGAGCAAUUCCUGCUCUUCUGCUCGUGAAACUCUGGCCUGCUCGCGCGCGCAGAGACAUUUUAGGAAGUGGGCGUACCGUGUCCCACUAACGCCAAAUCUAAUUGGUUACACCCCUCCUCUUUUAUGAUUGGCCGUUUUCAAAUGAAUAUCGGAGCGGGAAAGCCCCGCAGAAGAAGAAUGGCUGACGACAAGGAGAUAGAGUUACAAAAUGCUGCCAGGCGUGUUGUUGACUUGCUGAGAAGUGCCUUGGCUGAACCAACUUCUCAAAAUCCCGGAUGCUGAAUUCCUGAUGGGAGCCAUAUCUCCAGUCUUCAGUGAGCUGAAGCCAGAGCGAAUCGAGGAUUAUAAACUUUUUGCAAGACUUCAUCCAAAACAUUGAAGAUGAAGGUCUGCAGUCGUCACAUCGCUACGGAUCAACUAAUAGAGCCAAAAACCCUUGAUGGCCGUAGGAGGCUUGUGAAAGGUGCUGUUCCAACUCUGUUUGAGUGGAAUCACUUCACUGCUCAAACACCGCGGGCUAGUGUUUGGGAGAGAAGGGAGCGGCCCACUGAACCAGUCUCUCGGGAGGAGCAGGAAGAGCACAUCGAUGUCCGUGACCAUGAUUACUGCUCAACCCCUGAACCAGCUUCACUGGACAUGUCCUCUCAAGCUACAGAAGACAACUCCAAAACAUUGGAGGAUCUGCAGAAGCAACUGCAGGAGUUAAGAGUCCAGCGAGAGUUUUGCUUACAGCGGUUUGCUGGCUCCGACGACAACAUCCGAUUCUAUACCAGAUUCCCGAACUAUAACCACCUGAUGGCCUUCUGGAUUUUGAUUGAGCCUUCCAUUUAUAAAAUGGUUCGUGUUACAAGAGCGAUAUCAGCUGCCAAGAGGAAUGAAGAAGUGGUUACACAUGCACGUCCAUCAACGAGACAGCUGCUUCAGCCAAUUGACGAGUUCUUCCUUUUUCUCUGCUUCCUGUCGGUGGGUUUGAAAGAGAGGGACCUUGCAAACCGCUUCAACGUACACCAGUCCACUGUGAGCCGCAUCAUUGCAACAUGGACGAGUUUUCUUACAACUUUAUUGGGGUCACAGUGCAUCUGGCUUACACCUGCAGAAGUUCAAGCCCACCUCCCAGAGGCAUUCAAAGAUUUCCCAGACACACAGGUGAUCCUGGAUUGCACAGAGCUGAGGUGUCAAACACCAUCCUCACUCCUCCUCCAAAGUGAAAUGUAUUCUACAUACAAAGCUCACUGCACCAUGAAAGCCCUGGUUGGCAUAGCCCCACAUGGCGCAGUGACAUUUGUUUCCAGUCUGUAUGGUGGUUCUGUCAGCGACAAGGAGAUUUUCAAACAAUCUGGAAUAGCUGCGUUGUUGACUAAAAACAUGGCAGUGAUGGUAGAUAAGGGCUUCCUGAUCAGCGAUUGCUGCAAAUGCAAGGUGUACUGCCCACCUUUUCUGUCAAAGCAGAAGCAAAUGCCAGCCUAUCAGGUGAGGGAGACACAGGCCAUUGCCAGACUGAGGGUUCAUGUGGAGCGUGUCAUUAGGAGGAUAAAAGAGAACAACCUUUUUGAUGGUGUCAUCUUCCUGUCCCAUGCCUACAACAUCAACCAACUGUAUGCUGUCAAACUAUCAGAACAAAGCACUGGUCAAGAAAUGGGUGAAAUAAGACAAGAUGAUGACACCUGUGCAGGUAGCUGUGAUUAAGCUGGGUGAGCACACCGUAAUCCCGUGUUGCCUGACACACGCUAGUGUUUUGUUUGAAUAAAUGGAAAAUAGCAAAUUA